UCACGUUUACUUCUUUAUAACUACGCAGGUAAAGUAAGCCAUUCUCGCUGUCUCGUGCUUUAAAGAUUUUUGCCACAUUUUACCGAGUCCCAGUGUCAGGACGGGCUGUUUUAAAGGAGCCUCAGAGGGAAUUACACCGGCAGCUGCGGGCUAACAGCAGCCUGUGAGCAGGAGGAGGCGCUGUGUCUCUGCUGCUAGCUAAACCGUCCAGCUGUUGGGGAACUAAACCCAAACUGCGCCGACUCUCCGCGCAUCCCGCUGCGGGAACACUGGAGGAGCAAAUGGACGAGCUGGUGAAGAGUUUGCCCUCCCCGACACUGCCUGGGCUUCACCUCCCGUGCCUGGACGCCCACAAAGGCUGGCUCUUUAAAUGGACCAACUACCUAAAGGGCUACCAGCGGCGGUGGUUCGUCCUCAGCAACGGCCUGCUGUCCUAUUACAGGACUCAGGCAGAGAUGGCACACACUUGCCGGGGCACUAUUCCCUUGGCUACGGCCCACAUCGGGGUGGGUGAUGCCUGCCACUUGGUGUUAACCAGCGGGGGCCGGAGCUACCACCUAAAGGCCACAUCUGAGGCCGAGUGUCAGAGAUGGGUGUCAGCACUGCAGCAAGCCAAGGAUAACGCCACUGUCCUGAUGCAUCACUCAGAUGACUCUGGUGACGAAGCCCCGAUUCCUCAUGAGGAGCGUGCAUUAACCCAAGGGGUGCUCAAGACUCUGGCCAGCAAGCUGGAUGAUCUGAGCACCUGUAAUGAGCUUAUAGGAAAGCACGGUGCCGCCCUCCAGCGCUCCCUCAGCGAACUCGAGGAACUACGCGGAUCCAACGACAACACCGACAAAGUGAAAGCUGUUAAUGAGCGAGCCACCCUCUUUCGCAUCACCUCCAAUGCGAUGCUCAAUGCCUGCCGUGACUUUUUAGAUGUGGCAGAAUCUCACAGCCGGAGGUGGCAGAAGGCUCUGCAUUAUGAGAGAGAACAGCGCCACCACCUGGAGGAGACCAUCGAGCAGUUAGCCAAACAGCACAACAGCCUGGAGAGAGCGUGGAGGGAGAAUCCCUCCUCAUACGCAGGUGUGGAGCGGCCUCAGGACGGGGAUGUGAGCGACGACAAUGAGGAGGCCGAGUUCUUUGACGCCAUGGAAGACUCAACAGCAUUUAUCACUGUGACUGCUGCCAGCGACAUACAGCACAAGCGCUCAGGCAGCGAUCAGAGUAUGAUGAGUGGAGGAGUUCACAGCGACUGGACUCACAAUGAGAAUGACACUUCCACAAACCACAUGCAGCUACGGAGAACGAGGCGCACCCGAAUUCCAGACAAACCAAAUUACUCCCUUAACCUGUGGAGCAUCAUGAAGAACUGCAUUGGCAAAGACCUUUCCAGGAUCCCUAUGCCUGUGAACUUCAAUGAGCCACUGUCCAUGCUGCAGCGUCUGACCGAGGACCUGGAGUACAGCGAGCUGCUGGAUCGAGCAGCUCGCUGCGACUCGUCCUUGGAGCAGAUGUGCCUCGUUGCUGCCUUUUCCGUCUCCUCUUACUCCACCACAGUUCAUCGAACAGCCAAGCCUUUCAACCCUCUGCUGGGGGAGACGUACGAGUUAGACCGCCUGGAGUACGGUUACCGCUCCAUUUCUGAGCAGAUCAGUCAUCAUCCACCAGCUGCUGCCCACCAUGUGACUUCACAGCGAGGAUGGACUCUGUGGCAACACAUCACCAUUGACAGCAAGUUCCGUGGAAAAUAUAUUUCUGUCGUGCCAUUAGGUAAUAUUCAUCUGCAGUUUCACUCAAGUGGAAAUCACUACGUUUGGAGCAAAGUGACGUCAACGGUGCACAACAUCAUCGUAGGGAAGCUUUGGAUUGAUCAAUCUGGAGACAUUGACAUUGUAAACACCACUACAAAGGACACAUGCCGUCUCAAGUUCUCCCCUUACAGCUACUUCUCUAGAGAAGUUCCCCGCAAAGUGACGGGAGUCGUUGAGGACAGAGAGGGCACAGCUCAUUACAUUCUUUCAGGAACCUGGGACGACAAAAUGGAAAGUGCCAAAAUAGUAGAAAGCAGCCACGGUGGUGGAGGCUCUGAAGGAAAACAGAAGACAGUUUAUCAAACCCUUCAACCCAAGCUGUUGUGGAAGAAAUAUCCUCUUCCAGAAAAUGCAGAGAACAUGCACUUCUUCUCCUCCUUGGCGCUGACUUUGAAUGAGCCAGAAGAGGGCGUCGCUCCCACCGACAGCCGUCUGCGACCUGACCAGCGACUCAUGGAGGAGGGACUGUGGGAUGAAGCAAACAUCCAGAAGCAGCGACUGGAGGAGCGUCAGAGACAGGAGAGGAAGAAAAGGGAGGCGCAGGCCAAUCAGGCUCUGGAAGAUGGCCAAGACAUUGAGGGUUAUCAGCCACUAUGGUUUGACAGGAAAACAGAUGAGAACACAGGGGAUGCCACCUACUUCUACAAAGGGGGCUACUGGGAGGCCAAAGAAAGACAAAACUGGAGCCAGUGUCCGAGGAUCUUCUAGGACAAACUAGCAGCAAGAGACAUACUAAGCAGGUCCUGGUGAUGUAAGGAACUGCUGGUGGUUUGUAGAGCUCACAACUGCACGAGUGAGUGGUCCAUUCUACUUUAAGAUGUUAAAGCACAAAGACUCCUGCUUCCACUUUCUGAUGUCGUUGCUUUGGUACAGCUGUGGUUCCAGAUUGCAUGGCUUCAGCUUUUGCGCACAACCAAACGCUAUAAAGAAAUCAUUUUGGAAACAAUUUUAACUUUCUUUUUUGUUGGUGCGCAAGUUUGAAAAUAGUAGUGUUGACGGAAGACAACUGUCUGUGCACAAACACACCAUGUGUGAGUUUGUUCAGGAUAAUGGAGGGUGAGCUGAAUGUCUGCUAACAGCACCAAAUGUUUUCUUCCCUCUUAAAGCUGGAACAGCCUGUUUGUGGCUGAGACACCAAGCUCUGAAAGAAUUCAACAAAACCUUCUGUACUUUAUCUUUACAUCUGCUGAUCUACCAACCACUUCUCAGAUUUAAAACUUAGCAUAAGGUGAGCUCUUUUGACAAAGAUCUUACUGAGAUUUUACUUUUAAAACACAAAGAAAAUCACUUUACCAGCAAUGACAUAAAUUGAAGAGCAGUUGCAGAAUUAGGGGUUAAAUAAAAUGUGCUAGGAAUGUAUGAAAACAAAUCUGAGAUUCUGAAUUUAUUUGUCAUAUAAUUUCUGUUGGUAACUUUGAUUUUUUUUUUUUUAUCUUUAUCUAUCUUUAUAAAAGAUAGAAAAAUAUUGACCUCUCAAAGCGUAAAUGCACUUGCUGUGACACACAUCUGAGUUCUGUCUUAUCCUUCAUCCAGCACUGAUGAGGAGCUGCAACAGUUUGGCAAAUCUUUUCCUCAGAAAACAAAACAUCUGGUUUAAUACUUGAUGGAUUUUAGUUGAUUAGAAAACCAAACAAGCAAAAAGAAUUGACUUCAAAAGGGGUACAUGUGUGUGAGCUGGUAAGGAAACAUUAAGUCACAAUCACUUGGAAAGGGAGUGCAAACUUUUAGUUUUAUGGUUUGCACAGAAAUGUUUGGAUUAGUUCCUAAAAGUGUAUUAAAAUUCAAAAAUUAGGAGUUUAUUUUAUCUACAUAUCUAGUAAAGCUCCAGGACUUUCCUCAGCGAGGGAUUAUAUUGGUGCUUACUGGUCAUUUAAGCCUUAAUUAUUUCAUUAAGAAUUUAUAAAUAGGCAUUAUUAAACAGAAACAAAUGCUUUUUUUUAAUAUCAUGCAAGUCCAGGGUAUUUUUUCUUUUUAAAAUGUACAUGUAUACAAUCUGGUUCAUUUUGUUUUAAUUAAUUUAUUUUUUUUAUGAAUUCAUUCUGAGUAUAAUUCAUUAACAAAUGUAUAAUGGCGACAACAAAUGUAUUUCCAGUGUUUAGAAGACUUAGGGAGUAAAUCUAGAUUCUUUGGGUGAAACAUUGUGUUGCUUCUUGAACAUCAUCUAUGCCAGCAAUAACACAAAGCACGUAACCGUCCCAUUCAUCAGUAGUUGCUCUCGAUCUAAAAAGGACAUCUUUGUUCUCAUAUUGUAAAUAUUUUUCCUUGAAUCUCCUCCUCAGAAUGCCAUGAAUGCUGUGUGGCUGUGGUCUGUCUAUGUUCUUCCUUCUUCUCUGGAGAGUAGAAAGGGUUUUAUUACCAGAGACUAUUAAUAUCUCUUUGUUAUAUGUACUAUCUUAAACAUGGAAAUAUUUCAUAAUUAUUGGUAUAUUGUUGUAUAAACUAUACGGUUUAAAUGCCUGGUUAUUCCUGACGGGGAACUGCAAAGGUUGACAAAAUACCAACAACUGAAAAUUAUUCCAAAAUAAUUCACUGCAUAUCUUUAGAUUGCUCUGGAUGAAACGCACCAUUGACCUUUCCAAUAGUUUUUUUGUUUUGUUUUUACGAGAAAAGGUUUCCAGUUUCAGUAAACACAACAAAACGGUAAUCGGAUUUGGCAAAUAUACCUUUGAAAAAAUGAGAUUUAUUUACAUCAGCCUAAAAUUGAAAAGGAAAGGCAGCAAUUAAUAUGUUUAUAAACAGUAUAUAGUAUUACUUUAUAAGUCAGGGCAUGAUAAUCACUUAUGACUGCCACAUUUGUGUUGGCCUGUAUAUACGGUAGCUGGAAUAACAUAGAAAUAUAAUCACCUCAUUAAAAACAUGUUAUAAAUGUUUUACAUGAUUGGAAUAUUCAUAAUUAAAAUAUUGUUAAUUUGUGUAUGGAGUAAAGAAUACAGAUGCUUAUGGUUAAGAUGGUGUAACAGAUGUCUAAAUGUUAGACUUAUUAUAUAUCUAUAUAAUAUAAAGAUUAAAUGCUGCUCACAUAAAGCACAAUGUCAUGUUUCAUGCAAAGACACAUGGUUCGUUUCUCAAAGGUUUCCAUGGCAACAAAUAGCAAUGCAUGGUUUUACAGAAUGUUGUGCUAUAGUGGGGACGAGCCUUUUUAUAGCUUGACAGUUGUUUGUGAACCGUUGCUAAGACGUUGCGUAAAUUCACCUUUUGUGCCGAUAAUCACAACUAAAGAUUAUUUAACAAAAAUUAUUAAUAAAAAAAACAUGCUUGAUUAAAAAUGA